UUCCUGAAUGCAGGUUUGUGAUGAGAAAUAGUUGAUAUUUGAUUCGCUCAAAGAUGCUGUCUCCAUGUGUUGACUGUGAUGCAUUGUGUUGGAAGAGGCUGCAUCUGUUUUAUCAUAAUUUGAUGACAAAUUGAAAUAGACUAGAAGGGCCACAGGCCAGGAAAUGGCCAGUGCCAAACCAGGAGUUCAUGUUGUUCAGCUCAAGCCCAUUGUGGUUCCUGAUGUCCUCAAAAAGGGAGAAAAAUGUGUGAAAUGGGAUGAUGACUCAGCUGUGGGAACACCUGUCACUCUGCAGGUUGAUGACCAUGGCUUCUUUCUACAUUGGACUGAUCAGAACAAGGACUCGAAACUCCGAGAUACGGUGUCGAUGAUGGGCCCAGCUGGAGAUUCUUUGGAAGACAAAACCCUGACUGUUGUCUAUGGCACGGAUUUCGCCAAUGUCAGCUUCAUCAAUUUUUGUCUCCUAAAAAAGGAUGUUGUCAAGUUGUGGGCGGAAGAAUUGAUGUCGAUGGCAUACAAUUUGCUGGCUCUGAAUGCCAGUCCGACGACGUUCCUUCGCAAAGCAUACACGAAGCUCACACUCAUUGCCGACUCCAGGACUGGCAACAUCCCCGUCAAACACUUGGUGAAAACGCUGAGCUGUCAUCGAGAUGAUCGGAAAAGGGUGGAAAAGGCACUGGAUCUCGCCGGAUUUCCCGCAGGGAGAGACGAGUCCAUCCCGUUGAGCAAGUUCUCCUUCGAUGAUUUCUUCAACUUCUACCGCAAUCUCACAGCCAGGAAGGAAGUGGAGAGGAUUUUCGAGGAACUGUGUGAGGGGAACAGAAAGAAAUACCUGACGACGGAGCAGGUAGUGAGCUUCCUCAAUCAGCACCAGAGAGAUCCUCGGCUCAAUGAGAUUCUCUACCCCUAUGCCACGCUUGCAAGGGCCAGGGAACUCAUCAAUCUCUAUGAACCCAACAGAUAUUCUGCUCAGAAAGGACAGUUGACAGUGGAAGGAUUUCUACGGUACCUGAUGGGAGAUGAUAAUGCUAUCAUAUCCCCAGAGAAGUUGGAUCUCAGUGAUGACAUGAGCCAACCCUUACCGCAUUAUUUCCUCAAUUCAUCCCAUAAUACUUACCUCACUGGUCACCAGUUGACAGGAAAGGCAGCAGUGGAGAUGUAUCGGCAGUGUCUUCUAGCUGGCUGUCGAUGUGUGGAGCUGGAUUUCUGGAAUGGAAGGACAGAGGAGCCAGUCAUUGUUCAUGGUUACACCCUUGUUCCAGAGAUUCCUGCCAAAGAUGUGAUAGAGGCUAUUGCCGAGACAGCUUUCAAGACCUCAGAAUUCCCAGUGAUCCUCAGCUUUGAAAAUCACUGCAAUAAUAAGCAACAAGCCAAAAUUGCACAGUAUUGUCGGGAAGCUUUUGGGUCCAGUCUUCUAGACAAACCACUUGAGGACCACCCUCUGGGCCCAGGACUGCCCCUACCUUCUCCAAAGGAUCUCAUUCGAAAAAUAAUAAUCAAGAAUAAGAAAAAGCAUUACCAUCGGGGUGGAAAACGCUCCCGAAAUGCACCUGCUGCCUCUCAAGAACAAACCACUCUUUCCCCCACUGCAUCAAAUGACCAAGAUUCAGCCAUGGAUGACACUGUCAAGCCCAGGCUGGAGAAAGAUCUUAGCAAGGAUAGCUCAGAUGACAACACAGAAAGCCUAGCCAAUGGAGAGGUGGAGGAUGAUGAUGACUCUGAUAGUGAUGAUGAUGAAGAAGAUGAAUUUGAUGAAAAGGCAAAGAAAGACAAAGGAACUGCAGGAGAGGAAUCUGAAGCUGGUGCGGAGAUUUCUGCAUUGGUCAAUUACAUCCAGCCUGUGCAUUUUCAUUCUUUUGAAGUUGCAGAGAAGAGGACUCGUUACUAUGAGAUGUCAUCCUUUGUUGAGACUCAGGCUACCUCCCUUCUAAAGGAACAUCCAGUUGAGUUUGUCAACUACAACAAAAGACAAUUGAGUCGAGUCUACCCCAAAGGAACACGGGUGGAUUCUUCCAACUUCAUGCCUCAAGUGUUCUGGAAUGCUGGUUGCCAAAUGGUGGCUCUGAACUUCCAGACCUUGGAUUUGGCCAUGCAGUUGAACAUGGGUAUCUUUGAAUUCAAUUGCCGGUGUGGUUUCCUGUUGAAACCAGAUUUCAUGAGGCGUUGGGAUCGCAAGUUUGAUCCAUUUGCAGAAUCAACUGUGGAUGGUAUCAUUGCAGGCUCUGUGAGCGUGCAGGUCAUAUCAGGGCAGUUCCUUUCGGACAAGAAGGUCAGUACAUAUGUGGAAGUGGAUAUGUAUGGUCUCCCUGCUGACACUGUCAAGAGGAGGUUUCGAACCAAGGUCAUUCCCAACAAUGGGAUCAAUCCCUUUUAUGAUGAAGAACCCUUCAUCUUCAAAAAGGUUGUGCUACCCGAAUUGGCUGUGUUACGCUUUGCGGUGUUUGAUGAAUCGGGGAAACUGCUGGGGAAUCGAGUGUUGCCUGUGGUUGGACUAAGACCUGGUUUACGACACAUAGCACUUCGCAAUGAGUCAGGACAACCUCAAGGACUUGCAACUUUAUUUGUGCGAUUGCGGGUCUCUGAUUAUGUGCCAGACACACUGAGUGACUUUGCUGAGGCCCUAGCAAAUCCCAUCAAAUAUCAGUCAGACUUGGAGAAGAGGGAACUGCAGUUGCGGGUCCUCACUGAUGAAGAUGGUGCUACAGGAGAUCAUCAACCACAGGAUGGCCCGAUUGUGCGAAGUUCACAGGAGAAUCCACGUCCUAGUCCAUUGCCAGUACCUCCAGUCCUGCGAAGCCCUCAAACUAGUCCAUGUCAAGGGUCAAGUGCAGAAAGUGGAGGGGGGGGAGGUCAAGUUACCCCACAAGGAAGUCUCACUGAGAGCAUUCAUGAAGGGCCAGAGAAUGGAUCCCCAGGUCCACAUCAUUCCACACCCCUCAACAGGCGACAGAAUUCAACUAAGUUGUCACCUCGGCUCAGUUCUGAUGAUGUGGAGAUCUCAUGUGCUCCAUUUCUCCUUGAAACAACCAAUAUGGAGGCAGAGCCAUUGUGCAAGCUUAAAGGUGAAAAGUCAGUGAUUGAAAAACGACUUGAAUUGGAGAAGAAAUUGGCAUCUGUUAGGAAGAAGCAUGAGAAGGAUAGGGAAAAGGAGAAGUUGAAGGCUCAAGGGAUCAUCAACAAGCAACCCAGUUUGGUUAAGAAAAUCUCUGGAAGGGUCAUGAGCAAGAAACCAUCAGGGGGCAGCUUUUCAAGCAUGGAUGAGUCCAGUGUUGAAAGAGAUGAUGACUCCCCUGAAAGUCUUCACCAACUCUAUAGAGAACAGUUUCAUGCUGAGAAAGAAGUCUUCUUGAAGUAUAAAGAACAGGAGCUUGCAGCACUGGAGAAGGUCAUGAAAAGUUCUCAAGCCCGCCAGCUGCGACAAUUGAAAGAUUUACAAGAUCGUGAUAUUGCCACUCUCAUGCGGCAAAAAGAGCUGCAGAGGAGACAGGAAAUGCGGGCACUGGCUGUCAAGCACAGGGACAAGGAUGAGUUGGCCAGGUUGAAGAGAGAAGUAUCUAACAGCAUGGUGGAUCAGGUUGUGGAUGAGCGAAAACGGUUGGGAGAAGCUUACGAAAGGAAGAGGGAAGAGCUAGAGGUGCAACAUGAAGCCAUUAGAAGACAGUUUCAUGAUGAAAAGGCUCAAGUAAGAGCGAUGAGCAAAACCCCGCAGGAGAAGAUGGAAGGUGGAGGGCACAAAGACUCGUUCACAGAUUACCCUCACCCCUUCCCGACCUCGGCUGAGCGAUGGGAGUUACCGACCAAGGAGUUCCUCGAGGCUUCAUCCGGUGUCGUCACCCUUCUGGAUCAUUUGGGCAAGCUGUUCUAUUUUCCCCGGAAUGAUGUAGACACGAAUGUAAAGCGCCUGAAAGAGCUCUACGAAAAGCACAGCGAGAAGUAUUCCACGCUCAAGUCCCUUGUUGAGUCUGAAGGAAGCAUCGAGGGACCAGGAACGCACCAUCUUUUACAUCUCAAAAGAGGGCUGGAGCUGACCUCCGCUGUCUUCCGCCACUUACUCGAGGACUACGACACCGGGGUGAGGUCGGAGGGGACGCAGGACAUCCUACGAAAGGCCUACCGCGAAACCAUCGAGAGGCAUCAUGCGUGGAUCGUCCAGAACACCAUCAUGAUGCUCUUCAGCAUCGCGCCUAGCCGCAAGGGCCUGAUCAAGUCCCUCUCAUACGGCGGCGAAGGGCCCGAGACCGAGAAGCAGGUGAUGGAGAACAUGCGCGCCUGGCUGGCCAAUUUCUCUCCAUGCGUUGAAGAAGUCAAGGACUUGUUCAACAGCAAGGGCUUGGAGUCCGAGGAGUCGGUCGUGUAA